GUGCGCGACGGCCGGGGCGGGGCCGCCGGGCCCCUCAGCCGGGAGCCGCCAUGUCCGUGGCGUUCGUGCCGGAGCGGCUGCGCGGGAAGGCGGAGGUGAACCAGGACACGCUGCAGCGGCUGCUGGAGGAGAACGACCAGCUGAUCCGGUGCAUCGUGGAGUACCAGAGCAAGGGCCGCGCCACCGACUGUGUGCAGUACCAGCAUAUCCUGCACAGAAACCUCAUUUAUUUAGCUACAAUUGCUGAUGCCACUCCACCCAGCACGCAGAAGCCUGUAGAGUGACUGCAAUACCUGGACGUGAGCAGUACUGCUUUCAGAGGCUGUAGAAAUAGUUUAGAGUCCCACUCUGAGAGGCAAGAAGAUGUGGGUUUGAAAAAAACAUGUAAAAAGUGAUCUGUACUUCUGUGUUUAAAAUGUGAAUGUAGUUUUCAAUGUAAUAUUAGGCAGCUUUUCCCCUGUUAGUGUAACUAACACAGCUUACGAAUGAUAACUAUCACAUUCCUUUUUCCCUCUGCAAAGCUCAGUUCAGUGCUGUCCUGACAACCAGGCUAUUCCCAGAAGCACACUAUGGGAAGCAGAGCCUGUUUGAUGAGUAAGGUUCUAUAAUAACAAGGCAAACAUUACGCUAGGUGACUCCUACCUCCAACAUGACAAAGUCAGGCAUGUGUUCCAUAUAUAAAAGCAGUAGACUCUUUUGUAUCCUGUAUGAGAAGAAUCGUGCUAAAUAAACUAAAGAUGUUCUUUGCAA